AUGAAAGGGAAAAAGGAGGUAAAGAAACCCAAACAAGCGAAACCUUUAAAAGAGCUCCUCCCACCUGGAUUUACCAAACAGCCUAGAGAGCCUCUUCCUCUCUCAAUUCCAGACAGCCGCCCUGCAACUCAUCAAUAUGAAUUUCAAAUCCCAAGUUUAUGCCCAAACUGGCCAGGUGACGAUGCUGCUUUGAACCACGAUUUUGAGCUAAGUUCUGUAACUUUAUAUGAAGACGAUUUCGAGUAUGUUUUCCCUCCUUCAAUUUAUGAGUUCUGUCCAAGAGAAAAUGUGAUCAUGAAGUGGCCUGAAGAUAUUGUAGGGAUGAAUGAAAUUAUUCUUAAAAAGAAUUUUUUAAUAAAAAAAAUUUAAAAUAAAUAUAUUUAUAUAAACUUUUUAAAAAAAAUUGCCAUUUUAGUAUACUUCAAGAUUCAGCAAAAGAUUUAACCCAAAAAAGCAGGCAACCUCAGGCAUGGGUGGAUCAUUUUUCAGCAUGAGCAUUUCCCGACAACAAAAUAUCUCUGAAAUAGCUACAGAUGAAGCUGAAAAAGCUAUGGUUGUUGUAUCAUUCAUCGAAAGAGAUGAGACCCCAGAAGAGUUCGAAGCCAGAAAACAAAAAGAAGCUGAAAAAAUCGCUUUAAUGAAAAAAAAGCCUCCAAAAACAGAAGAACUGCAUAUAGGGAAAGUAAAAGAAGUAAAACUAGGGAACAUCGAAAUGGGAAAACAGCUGCCACAUUGCUCAAAAUGGAUAAGCAGCCAGUUACAGAUACUAAAAGACAAAGGCUGGAAAGAUCCACAUACAAGCGAGUCUUUAUGGAACAAAAUUUACCCUCAAAAAGAAGGAAUCCCUAUCUACAACCCCUCAGGAAGAUAUUGGGUAAAAUUAAUGCUGCUUGGAGUUCCUAGACUUGUAGAAAUUGACUGCAGGGUCCCUACAAAUUUAGAAGGGCUUUGCUUAUUGCCAAGAUCCAGUACUUUUAGAGACUUGUGGCCGAUUAUUCUGACGAAGGCGUAUUUCAAACUUUAUUCUUUUAGGUGGAGAAAUAUCAGUAAAUUUGUAUCAGUCCCUGACGAUGAAAUUGAUGGGUCGUUUAUUUAUUCAUUAACUGGGAUGCUGCCUCAAAAAAUGACGAUAAACCAAAUAAAUCAAGACGAAUGGAGACUAAUACAGAACUGACUGAGAGAUGAUGCUUGGGAUCAAGGCAGAGUUCUAGUCUCAGUCCACUGCAGUACUGAAAAGACCCCGUCUAUUCCUUCUAUGAGCUAUAUCGAAGAAGAUAAAGACGAGUAUAGGUCUAAAGACACUUUUACAGAAAUGGUUCCUGUCCCAGAAAUUGAAAUAGAAAAUAUUCCUGAAAAAAAUGUAAGUGCUGAAGAAAGCCAAAUAAGGACUCCUACACAGAGAAAUUUAGGUGGGCUACAAGUGACCACGACGGAAGGCAGGAAAUAUUCGUUAAACCAGAAUCCGAAUAGGCCUGUACAUGUAUUAAAUGGGUUUGGGUAUUUGCUAUAUGAAGCUUUUUCGAAUCCGGAAGAGUUUGAUAUGAAAAAGGUACUGAGAAAAGAAAAAGUCAGGAUUCAGGAAGAAGCAAAAACGGCGCUAUUGAGGGCUAAAGCUACGUCCCCAGCGAGGAAAUUAAAGAGACACCAAAGUCCAGCAAGGCUUAGGGAGUACCAGAAAAGAAAAGCGAGAAGAGAAAAAGAAAAAGAAGAAAAAAGGCAAAAACUGUUGGAGGUAAAAUUAUGCCAAGUUUAUAUACAAAUUUUUAAUGAUUUUCAGCUUAUUUUGAAGAGCUAUUAGCAGAUUUUGACUUAAAAUAGGCAAUUAGUAUAAUAUUAAUAUUUAUAAACUAGUAAAAAUGCUAUAAAUUUUUAAGAAUUAAAACAGCAGUCACAAACAUCCCUGUUUUAACUGUCGAUUGUGGCUUUUCUCCCCAAGAAAUUGACGAAGCAAAGCUAAGGCUCCUAAAUCAGCAAUUUUUCCAAGACAAAGAAGUGGCUGCCUUUGAAAGACUAAUGGAAGAAGAAGACCGCGAACUUUUCGACCCUAAGGACUCCGGCAUUGAAGAAUCCAACCAAGAAGAAUCCAUCAUAAACUACGACCAAUUAGUCCAACCCCCUCAACGAGCCCAAGGCGGGGUCUGAAUUUCCUCAGACGAUUUUCCUUUUGCCUUUACCGAGUUUAUUAUCUACCACCACAUAAGUUUUUACCCUCACAAUAUGAUCCUUGAUGACUUGUGGAAAGACCAAAGCGUCCCUUUUACCCAUAACCAAGAUUUUGACGUAUGAAUUAUUGACGCUAAAUCUGACGCGACCUUUUUGGUAGCUUUUUCUCCAUUGUUGCCUAACGACUUGAAAUUUCAGCCUUCUUCGAUCAGUUUGAUGAUACAAAGGUAUGAUUUUGAGAAUGAGGUAAAUAUCCCAUGAGAUGACGAGGCCAAGCUGACGAGCACUUCUAUAUUAGCAAAUCAAUAUAAUGUCAGUGAAGGAUUAUAUGUCCUAAAGCCUUCUAUUAUGUGUGCGCCAUGCGGGUCAAUUACGUGGAUUUCUUCAACUGUCCCUGUCGAGACUAUGUCUCGUAUGAAAUAUUUAAGCGAAAAACAAGGGUGGAGCAUCAGUUCUUUGAACUUUGACUACUCAGCGAUAGCGAAAAAAGCAUUUUAUAUCCCAAUGAAAGUAGAAAUUACCUCAACUGACCCUUUGCCUGUGUUUAUAAAAUUGUCGUCUUCAGAUCCAAAUCUUUUAUCAUCAGCUCAGCUACUAUUAAUAAAUAGAGAUAAAGAUCCAUUGGAGCAGAAAUACUCAUAUUUAGACAUAGCGACCUUAGAAUCUCAAAGAAUUUCUUUUUCGCCCAACGAAAAAGGCUAUAGGCUUUUACUGCUGAUUAUUUCUUCUACUUCUCUCCUAGAUGGCCAAGUAAGCCUUAACAUUUUGACGAAAACUCCUGAACAAAUUAAAGCAACCCCAGGAGAUAUGAUGGAUCCUGCAGAGUUUUCUGACCGUUACUUGCCUAAUAAAUAUGGGAUUAUCUUCAAAGAGCACUUUUUUAUCCCCGAAGAAGUCCAUUUUUCGCUUCAUCUUCGCUUAAGAAAAGGAGGGCUGCCAAUCCCAGGGUCCAAAACAAAAGAGCUUGCCCCAGAAGAGCCAUUGCUGGCCUCAAGACUUAUAAAGCUUAGCCUUUAUGAAGGCGACACCAUUAUUUGUAGCUCAGAAGGGUACAAUCAAGCAUAUUUUACCCAUAUAAAUUUGCGAAAUAAUGGAAGAGAAUUUUUACUUGUAUGUAUGCACUUUUUAUCAAUAAGAAAAUUUUUCCUGUUUUCUAUAAAAUAUUUUUAGGCUAAGCCAAAAAAGCAUAAAUUUGACAUCACAGAAAUCCCUGAAAUAAUGAAUCCUAGUGAAGAAACCCAAGACAUGAACUGGAUCAUGAGAAUUAUUUCAAGCGAGUCAAUUGCUAUUGCAAAAGAUACAAGAAAAGAAGACAGAGAAGAAGCAAUAAGAAAGUCAUGGGAAACUUCUCAGCCUGGAAGACAAGAAUUAGCCAAAACCAGCAGAGGAAGAUAUUUAGCACAGAUGAAAAAAAAUAAUGGAGAAGCAUUAUAUAGUUUUUAGCUGAAUUAAGAUUUUUUUAAAAAAAUGUGGUAAUUUAUAGGGGAAAAGGAUAAAUGACCAAGAAAAUGAGCUGUUAAAAGACUCAUGGGCUGACAGACGAAAACAGAAAAAAGAACAAGAAGUAGCAGGAAAGCCGAAACCGAAAGGAAAAGACGCAAAAAAUGUAAAAGAGGUAGAAAAGCCUCAGGUCGUUGAGUUUGAAAUCCCAAAGGCAGAGGACCAUGUCAUGCAUUCAGUCCAGAAAUUUUUAAAUCAUGCACACUCUGAUAGGCUAAAAACUAUUAAACAAGUGAAUUUAGACCGACAGUUAUUUACUUAUGAAUUUAUAGAAGAAUCAAAAGUCCUUCUCAAGCAAGACAUCCAAAACUUCGCCCAAAUCCAAGAGCAGCGCAAAGCUCUACGUCAGCAGUAUAAGCAAGAAUUCGACGCCAAAAAAGAAUUCUACAAAGCCCAAAUGCUGAAAAGAAAAGAACAAAUGGACAGCAACUUGCAGGUCUACAAAGAAUCAAGAGGAAACUACCAAAACAGAUGUGAUAAAAGAAAAGAAAUUUUGACCAAGCUCCAAACAGCCCUCCAAGCUAAUGAUCUAGCCACGCUUGAACAAGCUAUUAAUGAUCCUUUCGCUUUGGCUUGUGACCCAGUUCUGCUUAACCAAUGCUUAAAAGUCUUAAGCAAGACUAAAAAAUAA